AUGGCCCCUGCAGACCGGGCCUCGGAGGGUCCCAGGCUUGAGGACCCGUCGGCCCCCCACCCCCUUGGAAAGUGUCCCCUUGGCUUAGUCAUGGCGAAGCUGGAGACACUGCCUGUGCGUGCUGACCCAGGGCGGGAUCCUCUCCUGGCCUUUGCCCCUCGGCCCUCUGAGCUCGGACCCCCAGACCCUCGCCUGGCCAUGGGCAGUGUGGGCAGUGGGGUGGCCCAUGCCCAGGAGUUCGCCAUGAAGAGUGUGGGCACCCGCACAGGGGGCGGGGGCAGCCAGGGCAGUUUCCCCGGCCCCCGCAGUAGUGGUGGUGGGGCGAGCAGGGAGAGGCCAGGCCGCUACCCCUCAGAAGACAAGGCUCUCGCCAACUCCCUCUACCUCAACGGUGAGCUGCGGGGCAGUGACCACACUGAUGUCUGCGGCAAUGUGGUGGGCAGCAGUGGUGGCAGUAGCAGCAGCGGUGGCAGUGACAAGGCCCCACCACAGUAUCGUGAGCCCAGCCAUCCGCCCAAGCUCCUGGCCACCUCUGGCAAGCUAGACCAGUGCUCAGAGCCGCUAGUUCGGCCUUCAGCCUUCAAGCCCGUUGUACCCAAGAACUUCCACUCCAUGCAGAACUUGUGCCCCCCACAAACCAAUGGUACUCCUGAGGGGCGACAGGGUCCUGGUGGUCUCAAGGGCGGACUAGACAAGUCUCGGACCAUGACCCCAGCGGGCGGGGGUGGGGGCGGCCUCUCAGACUCCGGCCGGAACUCACUCACAAGCCUGCCCACCUACAGCUCCAGCUAUAGCCAGCACCUGGCGCCCCUCAGUGCCUCCACCAGCCACAUCAACCGCAUCGGCACUGCCAGCUACGGUGGUGGCAGUGGCGGCAGCAGCGGUGGUGGUUCGGGCUACCAGGACCUGGGAACCUCCGACAGUGGGCGGGCCUCCAGCAAGAGUGGGUCGUCCUCCUCCAUGGGUCGGCCAGGCCACCUGGGGUCUGGGGAGGGCGGAGGUGGAGGCCUGCCCUUCGCGGCCUGCUCACCACCCUCGCCCAGUGCUCUGAUCCAGGAGCUAGAGGAGCGGCUGUGGGAGAAGGAGCAGGAGGUGGCAGCCCUGCGGCGGAGCCUGGAACAGAGCGAGGCCGCGGUGGCCCAGGUGCUGGAGGAGCGGCAGAAGGCGUGGGAGCGUGAGCUGGCUGAGCUGCGGCAGGGCUGCAGUGGGAAGCUGCAGCAGGUGGCCCGCCGCGCCCAGCGCGCCCAGCAGGGCCUACAGCUGCAGGUGCUGCGACUGCAGCAGGACAAGAAGCAGCUGCAGGAGGAGGCAGCCCGGCUGAUGCGGCAGCGGGAAGAGCUUGAGGACAAGGUGGCCGCCUGCCAGAAGGAGCAGGCUGACUUCCUGCCCCGGAUGGAGGAAACAAAGUGGGAGGUGUGCCAGAAGGCAGGGGAGAUCUCCCUCCUGAAGCAGCAGCUGAAGGACUCGCAGGCCGACGUGUCCCAGAAGCUGAGCGAGAUCGUGGGGCUGCGCUCGCAGCUGCGGGAGGGCCGGGCCUCGCUGCGGGAGAAGGAGGAGCAGCUGCUCAGCCUGAGGGACUCCUUCGGCAGCAAACAGGCCAGCCUGGAGCUGGGUGAGGCCGAGCUGCCCGCGGCCUGCCUCAAACCUGCACUGACCCCUGUGGACCCGGCGGAGCCCCAGGAUGCCCUGGCCACGUGCGAGAGCGACGAGGCCAAGAUGCGCCGGCAGGCCGGGGUGGCCGCCGCCGCCUCGUUGGUUUCCUUGGACGGGGAGGCGGAUGCUGGAGGGGAGGCUGGGGUGGAGGUUCAGUGCCCGGGGAAGAUCUGCCCUCCUGUGCUUGGGAAGGUUCACCUGGAGGCUUUUUAG